CUGUGACGGAGCACUUUUGGCUUCUAACGCUUGCCGUAGCGACGGUUGUUUGCUUGGCUUUCUGUGGCUUGCUUGCAAAAAAGCAAUUAUUUUUCUUUCUUUUGAAAACUGAUUUUUCUCCAGAUGUCCCAAGAAGACCCGGCAGUCUCUAAAGCGGUGACUGUCAGCGAUGUGCAGCAGCUGCUCAAGAAGAAAGAUGAAAUUGAAGCCCAGAUUAAAGCUUACUAUGAAGUUCUGGAAGAUCAAAGAGGAAUUGGGAUGAAUGAACCGCUAGUGGAUGUUGAAGGGUAUCCACGUGCAGACGUUGACAUCUACCAAGUCCGGACAGCAAGACACAACAUCGCCUGUUUGCAAAAUGAUCACAAGGCCCUGAUGCGUGAGGUGGAACAGGCUCUCCAUCAGCUGCAUGCCCGGGAGAAGGAGAAGCGCGAAAAAGACGAGGCGGAAGCUCGCGCAGAGGCCAGGAACCGGAGCCAGGCCUUGCCUUUGCCUUUUGCCAGAGUGAGCGCCAUCACUCCAGGCUCUCCAGCGAGCAUGUCGGGGUUGCAAGUGGAUGAUGAGAUUGUUGAGUUUGGCUCUGUGAAUACUCACAACUUCCAGUCCCUCCAAAAUAUUGCCACCGUUGUGCAGCACAGUGAAGGGAAACCUUUAAGUGUGGCAGUGAUCCGUGGAGGAGAAAGAAUGCGCUUGGGGCUAACGCCUAAACGCUGGACUGGUAAAGGGCUUCUGGGUUGCAACAUAGUCCCUCUGCAAAGAUGAUUUCCAAGGUAAAAUCUCACAAUUCUGUUGAUACUUUAUUCUUAACAAGACAACGACACAACUCUAUGAAGAAGCUGGGAUAUUGGAAAUGAAUCCUGAGAUGCAAGUCUCGACUGCUGAGGAGGCUUUGACUGCGAUCUGCACUCAUGGUUUGCAGUUGUGCUGAUUCACAGGAUUAGUUUGCACCGAUCUUGCAUCUUUUACCCCCUAGCUGUAAAUCAAAUUCAAAAGGCAGAUUUUCUUUUUGGCAACACAUUCUGCAACCUCACUAUCCUUUCUUGCUUAUUCAGUAAGGCAAUAAAGAGGCCGAUGCUAGUCCUCAUGAAUUUUUCUCUGCUUUUGUUUCUUUUCCUUCAGUGUUGACAUGGGGGGGGGAGGUAUUGUAAUUUUCAGAUCUCUGAAGUGUGCCAGAAUGCUGAUCGGUAUUGUAUUUUGUAUUUCCAUUAGAGAAAGUGAAUAAAAUUUAAGAUUUAGAACCAUG